GCAAGGAAGGCAGGCAGGCAACCAGGCAGGCAGGCAGCUAGGCAGGCAAGCUAGCAGGCAGCCAGUGCACCAGCCAAGACCACUAGAUCCGCUCGGCUUACCGACUUAGAGACUUAAGCCGUCAGGCAGUCCGAAAGGCUCAACCGGCUAAGCCUGGCGGACCCACCUACCAACCGACUUACGCGGCGGUAGCCACUACGCGUUCCAUCCACCGGCGGGAAAAUCGGGAUACACCGCUGCGACCGGCGGCACCGCCGCCGCCUUCUUAUAUUUUCCUCUAUCGCCGUGUCCCGCUCCGCGCUUUGACGUACGUUAAGGGCAGAGGUGCGAGUAGUGACGAGUGCUGCGCGAUCAUCAUCAUCGUCGUCGACGCGCUCGUGCCGACGACGACGGCGACGACGCCGACGUCGUCGCCCGCGGCCGCGGCCGCGCCGUCCGACGACGGUCGCGGGUAGGAGGCCCCCGUCGUGCCAAAUCUGCGUGUAAACACGCAGUAGAGUUCCGGAGUGGAAGACGAGGUAGCAGAACUCGGAAGUGGUGAUAGUACAGGUCGUGUUGUCGCGGAGGUGUCGCAUCUCUCCGUCAAAUCAUCGGCGCGACUCUCAUCAGUGACAGAAGUCGGUGGAUGUUGAUUCUUCGUGGUUCUUGGUUGAUUCUUCAUCCCGCUGAAGAGAGAAGUGGAUGGCGAGAGUGGUGGUCGGCGUAGUGCUAAGGAUACUACAUCAAAUCAAUGAUUACGUCCUUCCUGUUCACUAAUUUAACUGUGACUCCGAAUCGCGAACGAACUUGCUCCACGGACACGAAAAACUCAUGCGUAAAAGCGUGAACUGUGCAAAUUGCGGAAAACUAUGAAUAAAUUGUAACAAUUGAUUCAAGUGCGAAAAAAACCGUAAUAAAAGCCCGAAAGACGAGAAAGAGUUAAAAGAACGAAAGAUAUUCACUCAAGUAGAAGAUGUGAGAAUGAUAGUGCUGAUAUUUUAACCUACUUAAGCGACAAAUUUUAUAACUCUCCGCUUUUCCUUACGUAACGCGACGACGUGGAAACGACGGUUAUCUGAUUUAUCAGUCCUCCGCGCGCGUUAUCCACGUAAGUUUCACGCUACCUUUUCGGCGUUAUUGCAUGAAUCCGCGACCGUCCACGGAUUUCCGUCUCGGACACCGAUGGCAUGUGCCGUGCGUAUUUCGUUUCCGACGCUAGAAAAAUCGCAGUGCGAACGGAAGAGUGCCGACGGUAUGGCGAACGCACCGUGACAGUCUCAGGAGAAAUCGCAUAAAUCACGUUUGUUCCUCACAAACCUAUGUCGAAAAGAAUUCAUCAAUUUCGUUAUCGAUAUUUUGCAUUGAUUAAUUAUUGUACACUGGAUUUUUAGCCGACGGACACUUCGACGGAAGCCAAAACUCCUGUGACAGUUAGUGAACUUUGAAAAAAAUAAAACUACUUCAUAUUUCCAACUAGUCAAGAUCAUCGGAAAAUUAUUACGCAGAUUUUCGCUAACAAUCCGAUCUGCGAAACAGAGAAGACGCUUGAAUGUGUUCCUAGGAGGAAGUGGCGAGGAAACGGGCGUGAUCGCGCUAAUUCGUGGCCUCUCGCGGGCCAGGUUGAUCAUAUACAAGUCGUAAGGAACAGUCAACACGACGUUAACCUUCUAUAGUAUGGAGCGGGGCGGCGGGGCCGGGGGGAGCCUCGAACUCGCCGGGGGCGGCGGCGGUGGCGGCGGAGGCGGCGGCGGUGGCGGCGGCAACGCGGAUUUGUGUCUUCAGGAUCUCGUGAUCGGGCCGACGAGCGGCCUCUCGGUGCAGCAUCAUCAGCACGCGGUCGCGGCGACCGCGUCGAUGGCCGGCCUGCACGGCGACCAUCUUCAGGGCGCGAUGCAUCAUCACGAUCUACACGGCAAUUCGCAUCACGACACCUCGAUGCUGCACAAUUCCAGCCACCAGCUGCACCACGAGCCGCUGGAGAAACUUAAACUCUGGGCACAGAGUGACUUCGGGGACGAAACCAACGGGGGUCUUGCAAGACUCGACACGGGUCAUGGUGCCCACACUCCCGGCGGUAGCAACCCCAGUACACCGGGUGCGACCCCAACGACACCGUCCGGUGGAUACUCCACCGGUCAACCGAGGAAUCGCGCAAACACCACUCACAGGCAGGAUAUCCGAAAAGGUGUACGAACACCACCAGAAGUAAAACACGAAUUGGGUGCCGCUGGUGGUGUUGUUUCACCCAGUGGAGUGGUCGGAGUCAAUGAUACUGACGACAAGGACGGGAAGAAGAACAAACGACAAAGGCGACAGAGAACGCAUUUUACGCAGCAUCAACUCCAGAAUUUGGAGAUGACGUUUAUGAGGAACCGGUAUCCAGACAUGUCAACCAGGGAAGAGAUAGCAUGCUGUACGAACCUUACGGAAGCUCGAGUCAGGGUCUGGUUUAAGAACAGAAGAGCGAAAUGGCGAAAGAAGGAGCGUAACGCGAUGAAUGCCGCCGCGCAGGCCGCGGCGGAUUUCAAAACCGGCUUCAGUACAGCCAGCCUGAACGGCUUCAUCGCCCAGCCGUUCCCGGAUCCGGACACUCUUUACAGCUCAUACAGCACGUACAACAAUUGGGCGGCCAAGGUGCCAUCGCCGUUAAGCGGCAAGAGCUUCCCCUGGAUGAACACGUUGGGCUCGGUGGUGCCUGCGGCGUCGCACCAUCAUCAUCACGCGCAGGUCAGUCCGGUGAAUCCUUUCAACGCCGCGGCGACGUCGGUCGCGGGGAGUCACGUGGGCGGAAUGUCGGUGUCGGUCGGUCAGGCGGCUACGUCCAUGUUGCCGGGGAUGGGUUCCGGUCUGGGUGUCGCGAGUUCGCCGGUCGCCGCGUCCGGCGCGGCGUGUCCGUAUGCCGCGCCGGCGGCGCCGCAUCAUCCGUACGGACCGCCGGUCUACACGCCGCAUCAUCGGUCGCCGGAGACUUGCACGGUGAUGACGUCGAGCAGCAUCGCCUCGCUAAGAAUGAAGGCGAAGCAGCACAGCAGCGGUUACGGCGGCGGCGGUGGUUCGUUCGGCGCGGGCGGCACCACCGGCGGCACCACGGCCGGCAGUAUAAGUCCCGUCAGCUCGAGGGCAUCGUCCGUCGGCGGCGGCGGUGGCGGCGGCGGCGGCGGCGGCGGCGGCAGUCUAAGCGCCUGUCAGUACGCGCUAACAACAGCAGCUGGUGCGAAUCCUCAUUCUCCGGGCGGCCCCGAGGCGCACGCCAACGCCACCGCCAGAGCUCAGGUCUGAGGCGACGCGGGGGCUACCUCUAGCCCCCAUCAUCACAGCGUAGCGAAUCCAAAUUCCGGGAGUUCCCUCAACGGCAGCGGCAGUAAUCAAGUGGCGACCACGGUGUCCGGUCAGCCGAGCGACAAUCAGCUCAGGUCGCAAGAGUGACCCAGGCCUAGGUCCGCCGCCUCACCGACGCUGUCGUCGACGCCUUCGUCGACGACUUCGCACCCGCACUAUCUCAUGUAUGACGAAGACGGGGCCGCGACGGA